AUGCGGCUGAACCCGAAGAAAUGCACCUUUGGGGUUAGGUCUGGAAGGUUCCUAGGUUUCUGGAUCUCCCACGAGGGAAGCCGAGCCAACCCGGAUAAGCUCCAAGCCAUCAUGGACAUGGCCCCCCCGAAGAACAUAAAGGAGGUCCAGCGGCUCACGGGGAGGAUGGCUGCAUUGAAUAGAUUCCUCUCGCGUUCCACGGUGAGGGGGCUACCCUUCUUUCGAAUUCUGAAAGCGCUUAAGGACUUUCAAUGGACUGAGAAAUGCCAGAGAGCCUUCACUGACCUGAAAGCAUAUCUGGCCAAGCUGCCCACCUUGACCGCCCCGAGACAGGGAGAGACCCUGCUCCUAUACUUGUCCGCUUGUAACGAGGUCGUCAGUGCGGUUUUGGCACGAAAAGACAAGGGGGCUCAGAGACCAAUAUAUUACGUCAGCCGUGCUUUAUAUGGGCUGAAGACGCUGUACACACCGGCAGAAAAAUUGGUCCUGACCCUGGUGCACGCCGCCCGGAAGCUUCGACCUUACUUCCAGGCCCACAGCAUCGUUGUUGUGACUAAUCAGCCCUUACGACAGAUACUCACGAAGCCAGAGGUCUCGGGCCGGAUGACCAAAUGGGCCGUCGAACUAGCCGAACAUGAUAUUGGCUACCAGCCUCGCACCGUCAUCAAAGCUCAGGCCCUGGCGGACUUCCUUGCCGAAGGGGCCGGUUCGUCCGUGACUGAGUUGAGCUCCCCACCCGAGGAGGUACGGCCGGAAGAGCCGUGGGUACUGUUUGUGGAUGGGACCUCGAGCAAGGAGGGAAGCGGAGCUGGCCUGCUGCUCAUCUCGCCCACCGAAGAAGAGCUGACAUAUGCUCUCAGAUUUGACUUCCUGGCAUCCAACAAUGAGGCAGAGUACGAGACCCUACUGACUGGGUUGCGGGUAGCCCACCAGAUGGGUAUAACCGCGAUCAAGGUCCGGAGCGACUCCCAACUCGUGCCGAGAUCACAGAACAAGCGCGUGGACGCCCUGUCAAAACUGGCGUCCUCUUCAUUUGCUCACCUGAACAAGGAAGUCUUGGUGGAGGUAGUCAGGCGAAAAAGCAUCGACCAGGUCCAAGUUUUGGCCAUAGACAGCCCGGCCUCUUGGAUAACUCCUCUCGUGGACUUCCUCAGCUCGGGUGUCCUCCCCGAGGACAAAAUCGAGACUCGACGACUCCAACUCAGGGCUACCAAGUACGCCUACGCUGGGGGGACCCUCUACAGGAGGUCGUAUCUGUCCCCCUGGCUAAAGUGCGUAACUCCCGAGGAGGGCGACUAUGUCCUUCGAGAAGGUCAUGAAGGCUUAUGCGCGGCACAUGUGGGAUCUCGGGUGUUGGCCAAAAAGUGUCUGCUCCUAGGCUAUUAUUGGCCCUCAGCGUUUCGGGAUGCCGCGGCGCUGGUUCAGCAUUGUCGAGUUUGUCAGGUGCAUGCCCCGCUGCGUCACCAGCCAACUCAGGAGAUGGUACCUAUCCACAGUCAUCGACCAGGUCCAGUGGGGCAUAGACCUUCUGGGACCCUUUUCCCGAGUUCUGGGGAGAUACGAACACCUUGUGGUGGCCAUCGACUACUUCUCAAAGUGGAUUGA